AUGAGUAGAUCCUUAGACCAUACUUCGCAUAAAUUGAGCAAGCCUAUUGAUUCAGAUAAGGAAUUAAACUCAAUAUGUAAAUUGUUUUUUUACCAACCUACUGGUUAUCAUUCCAACCCUCGAAAGCUGUAUAAUGCUAUCAAAGAUAAAGGAUAUAAUUUUCCAUAUAAAAAAGUUCGUGAAUGGUUGCAAAACCAGAAUGAAUGGCAAAAGUAUGCUCCGUCACCGAAAGAUACUCCACGGGUUAGUUAUGGUAAAAAAUGGAAAGCAGUAUUACAAAUUAUAGAUGUGGGUAGCAGGUUCAAGGCAAGUGUUCCUUUAACAUCGAAGAAUAGUUCUGAAGUUGCUAAAGCAUUUAAGAAAAUUUAUGAUGAUCCCAAUAACCCUCUUACGUAUCCGACACUUCUACAAUGUGAUGGCGGUAAAGAAUUCAUGGGCGAAACUGCUCGAUUAAUGGAAGCGCAUAAUGUUACAAUUCGAGUAAUUGGUGCUUAUAGUCAUCGUGGAUUAGCUCUUGUAGAACGAUUCAAUAAGACGUUAGCAGAGAUGCUUUAUAAAAUCCAGUAUGCCGUUGAAUCAAUAUCUAAAAAUCCUAAAUUAAUAAGAGAGUGGAAAAAAUUGGAAUCUUUCAUGAAAAUUAUGAAAUAUAUUUCUGGGGAAAAAAUGUUACCAGCCCUCGGGGAUAACGAAACAAAGUCUAAAGUACUAGCUCUCAGGAAUACUUUAG